AUGAUGCCGUCAUCUGAAGAUCGGCCAAGUUAUGUUGUUCAACAUGCUACGCAGUAUAGGUACCAACGUAAUUAUAACGUCGGCCCUAACCAGCGUCAGCCGUGGGACGAACGCAUGCCCCAAAGGAAUACCCCAUAUUUCAAUCCCACUUAUGGCCUGUCUGUAGCUGGGCCGGGUCAGCCCAGUUCCGGUGUAAAUUCUGUGUCUAGCCCAACCAUGCGUAAUGAUAGCAUGGAUAUCCCCGCACAGCCGCACGAAUAUUCGGAAUUGAUGGGACGAGUAGAACCAACACCUAGAGCUGGGCAUAGAGAACCUCGUUGUGCAUUGUCUUUCAACGUCCACAAGAGAUCAUGGAACCCUUGUUUAAGAACAUCUGCAAAAGAAGCUCUUGUUGACCUACCACAGGGUUAUCCUGAAUUUGAAUGGUUGAGGGAUGACAAUGCUAGGCACCUCAUGAUGAGUACUGGAAAGUUAUUUAAUAUACGGGAAUUUAUAACACAGUCAGGGUUCUGGGUAGAAGGCGGUUACUUUAUCACAACUUUGCACUUUGGCUCUUGGAUGAAGAGCGGUAAGCAACCCACGCAACAGAUGCUCGAACUAUAUCGCGGAAGAAGGGACUACGGUUUCACCGUUUCGACGAUGUACUACAACACGACCGGUAUAUACGAAGAUGAUGACUUUGUCGGUGUCUAUCUCAUGAAGUGGAACCUUGAAAACGAUCUGGCAGUGUUUGCGCCAAUAGUCAAGGACCGAGACCAGACUGCGCCCUCUAUGAUUCCUACUGGCUGUAUCGUUGAAUCAGAUGCCUUGUUUCAGUACUUCGACCGCCUCAACGGCGUUGAUAUGUUCGCCGUUGGGUAUAACAACCUUCCAGACCUGGAUAUAUCCAGCUAUCUAUCCGAAUUUGCAACUGAAGUUCCUGAUAUAAAUGGAACAGUGAUUGACUAUAACUCUAUGAUCAGGCCCAACUUCAAAUCCGUUGCAGUUGGCAGUAUCCGCGACAUUGACCCCGUCCGUUCCGAGUUGAUGGUGGACUGCACAGCAUGGAAAGGGUUCUUUGGCGGGCUCAUCGCGAUCAGAUAUCAACAUUCACAGUCAAACAUACAACCCCUUGUCAUCGGACAUAUUGUCAGUGCUAGAGGUAAUGAGAGAUUCAAUCGUGCAAGGCUCAUACCAGCCGGUCUUCGUGAGUAUCUGAAACAGGUCAACCCAUUUCAAAUAGGACACGAGCCUGGCGAGUUAGGAUUCCCCCGCGUUAGUAUUGCCACUAUUCCACUCCCAAUGGAAAUGGCACAUUUCCCCAACGGUUACAUAAGACACCAUGCACCCCCAUUUGCGAUGCCCAGGCACCCAUAUCGUAGGGGCCCACAGAGGCACUUAGGUUCUCUCCACCGGCUUACUUCAAGUUAG